AGACGCGCCACAUGAAGCCACAGCCUCCAGUGACAUCACAUGGUGUCAUGUCGUGCUCUUGUGAGUAAAGAACACCGUUCAGGAAAAACCAGUUUGAAGACAUUCUUUGAAGACAUCCUCCCUCCUCUCUGUUUUACUGUCUUCCUCUUGCUCUUUGUAUAUAACCUGGCAGUAUCGCCAGGUGCUUCAAGGCAUUCCUUCCGAGCUGAUCAUGGACUACUCUCAGUCUUUCUCAGCCCUCAACGAGAGGCUGAGACCUCGAAUAACCACCAAUGAACAGCUCUUCUCAUCCCUGACCAGACUGGAGGACAGACAGUCGGGCUCGCUCAGGAGCCUGUCUUCAUCUUACCGACCUACAGUUCUGCAAAAGGAACCAGAAACAAAAGUCUCAGAACCAGAAGAUCCAGAGGAACUUGGAAAUGAUGCAGAUCAGGAAAAUGUGGGCUCUGAUGACCUGGAAGAACCUUGUGUUGAUCUGUGUGACUUUGACAUCUCAUGCCCCAUCACUGAAUUGAAUUUAAAAGAUGAAGGUGACGAAGACAGCACCUCGCCAUCCGAGGAGAAAGACAUUCCAGGUGAGCUGUCCUUAAAGGAGGGGACAAGUGAUUCUUCAGAGUCAGCUGGAGAACGUAGGGACUCAUUAAAGGGGACCUACGUGGAUGGGACAUUACCAGACCUGAUCAGGAGUGGCAGGCCACUGGGCCGACGCCGGACAUUGGGACACUUCUCAGACACGCUCAAAGAAGUGCGCAGGGAAGUGGAGCUUUCUCGUAGACGAAGCAUCAAACUUAAAGCCCAAGUGGACAAACUACAGGAGAGCAAGGAAGGACUGGGAUGGAGCCAGCACAGAGAGAGGGUCACACAGGAGGUUCUGUCUGUUCUGCGGCUGCUGCACCCGCUGACGGAGUCCGGCCCGCUUCAAGCCUCUCGUGGGGAAAACCAACUGGACGUGGCUCUGACCCAGCUGCAGAAUGUGGCUCGCAAUCUGGCAAUGAGCCACACCAAACAGUCUGGGAAAGAAUCAGAGGACAGUGCUAUUCUACACCAGGCACUGUGUGACAGAGAUGAAGCCAUAGAGAAGAAGAAAGCGAUGGAGGCCGAGCUGCUGCGGAGUAAGACAGAGUUGAUGUUACUGAACAACCAGCUGCUGGAGGCUGUACAGAAACGUCUGGAGCUUGCGCUAGAGCUCGAGGCCUGGAAGGAGGAUGUUCAGCUGAUCCUCCAGCAGCAGCUGCAGAGUCAGCAGCAGACAGAGCAGGCCCAGAAGAAGACAUACCGCGUGGGUAUCCUGAGGAGAAACAACAGACCACCCAUGCAGCGGCCGUCCACCAUUCCUGUGGCUACCUCCACCCCACACACGACCAACUCAAACCAAAUCUUCAUCUCCAGAUCUGCAGUUUCUGCUUCUCCGGCGCCCAGUACGCCCAGUACUCUCACCGGCACCCAACGCUGGAAGGAAAAGCUGAGGAGAGGGAAGAUCAGUCGUCAAGACCAGGAUGCAGCGCAGCAGGAUUCAGAGUGGGACAAGGGUGACAACGGCUUCCAGGUCAUAUCACUCGACUGAAACAGUGAUGACUUUGCACUUUGAGUACAAUCACUGUGAUGCAUAACUGUUAAGAGUGUCCCUCCACCCAAAACUGGGUUUGGCUUAUUGCCACUUGGAUGUUUGAGCUUUACUGUCCAUAUGUAUGUACAAAGUUUGACACUAGAGGCAUGAUCCAUUCAUCUUUGGUGACAUCACGGCUAGUUCUGAGCCAAUCAGAGAUCAAUAUGUGACUUACGUUAUGUAAGUGUUAUCUAUUACUUCAGGUCAUAUACACAGAGAAUGGACUCUUCAUUAGAUGAGACAUCUUGCAUCAACAGUUAAAACUUUGAAAUGAACGAUAUCCACACAUUUAUAGAUUCUGAAUUUCUGAAUCUAUCCUUUUUGUGUAAAAAUGAUAUCAGACAUAAAUUAGUCCACAUGGAAUAUUUUUUUGUCUUUAACAUGUCUGUGUUGUGAAGAAAUUGCUGAAGUCAAAGGUCAAUGGUGAGGUCAGGAGGGAAGAAAGUGUUCAGGAGCCUCUGAUGUCUUAUGCUGUAUUAUUU